AAAUGCAUCAGUAUGUACCACUCUUUUCUGUAUCGAGAUAACCUAACCCCUUCGUGACGGAAAAAUGUCACGUGUUUUUCUAGGAUAAGUCUCGUGUGAAAAUUUUCGAAAAGGGAUUAACGUGGAAUGUUAACGAGGCAUUGCGAGGAGCGCACUCGAAGCACUCGAGUGUACGCUCGGUUCCCAACAAUGAAGGAACUUCUUUGUUCGGGGGAAGACCGCGAACGUCUUCGCGGUUACCGCCAACUACGAUCCAUGACUACGACACAAAAGCCGACUGUAAUCUGUUAUCCUACUGUGACGAUCGAUUCGACGUUAUUGCGGUUACUCUGCACAAAAUCGAGCGCGACGUAGUCUGCCUUUACAUUGCAUUCUUCUCGCGAACGAGAAAGAUAAGGCGAGAGAAAUGUGUACCAGGCGCAACGAUCUCGUUCGUUUAUCGCCGCCGUAUCGUGGAAAUCGCGUUACGCGUUCGCGAGACACGUGAGAACGCGACUCGAUUCCGCGUGUUUUGAAGCGCUUCGAAGUAAACCCUCGCGCCGGUGACACCAUACGCAUACAAUAUGCAUAAGUCGUACUAGUUUGCGAACAGUCGCGUGCAUCGUCGGAUACAAUAAUCGCUCGCAACAACGACGGUGUCUUCUAGGCUGUGCAAUGGAGGGCAUGUCUGCUCUCCUCCAAAACAGUGCUGUUCCUUUGGCUGUUGUUACGGUGUAUUUCAACUUCACUCUGCCUCAGACAUGUUUAAUUUCCUAUUUUGGACUUACUGGUACUUAUGGGUAGCGGUACUUAUAGGAUUGGCUAUAGCGGCAGCAUGUGGUUGCUGGCUGUGGAAACGCCAUCGCUCUGUUAUGGUAGAAGACUGUACUUCUUCCGACAGAGCUUCCACGGCUCCAUGGUAUCCACCUCCUCAUUACAGCCGUUGUAGUUCCUUUGUUCAGGCUCUACCACCUCCUUACAGUGAGGUUACAGCCAAACCAGAUCUAUAUCCAUUAGUGAUUGGCUACGACGAAGGAUCUGGCAAAGGAACUUCAGGAUUUGUGAUGCGUUAUUUCAGAUCGCUCUCCCACGCGAGUACAUUAGACUCCUUAAGUUCAAGUUUUAUGUGUAGUAUGGUAAACGAAGCAAAUACCAUAAUUCCACCACCAUAUUCUUGUAAUAACAGCGUGGAUGAGCUAUCUGCGGUAGAAUGCGAAAGAAUGGAAAACAUGGAUGUUGGAUCUGUUGCGUCGUUGGCUAAUCAUAGGACUACAUCUGACAUAUCGAGUUUAGCUGCUCAAUCUCCGUGUUCGCCUCCAAGGGCAACUAGUCCAACAAUAGAGUUACGUGAACUUCUAGACAAGAUACAACAGCUACCGCAGUUACCUAGUGGACAUAGCACCGUUUUGCCUUGUUAUCAGAAUCGACCUCAAGUUUUGUCUACGUUGAACGCGAACGGCUCUACGCAACGGCCUUUAAGUCCAGGAGAUGUCGGCUCUUAUAAAGCCAGACGGACUCGUGGAAAGAUGUACAUGCCGUUAGGACUUCCAAGCUCAAAAAACAAAACGAAACGGUGGCUAUCGCGAUCGGCACCAACGACACCGUCAGGCACGAUACCAAUGUCGUUUUUACCCGGGCAAAGUAGACGACCUUCUGAAACGGGCAACAACCAUCAGCAAGUGGUUCCAUUACUUUCGGAACAAGACGAAACAGAGUGCAAUAACGUAGAUCAAAUAAAUGGCAUUCCGUUGUUGUCCGAACAGGAAGAAGAUCAGCAGCAAACAUGACAAAACGACUAAGUGUAUCUAACGAUUAAGUAUUAAGAAAUCUAUUCAGAUAUCGUCAUCCCAAGUAAUCUAUAUAUUUUUUAAUAUGGCUGGUGAACUCCUCGUCGCAGUUUUUAAGCGAAGAGUAACCAUGUAUAAAGUUUGACAAUUAAUUUCGUCCAAAAACGUUGCCAGCGCUCUUAGAAGAAAGACACGUUUCAAACUACGACCUAACUUCUUUUGUUACAUCAAUAGCCGAUGUCAUAGUAUCUGUUCUCUGUUCUAGCAGAUCUUUUAAAUUGAAUCUGAGACAGAAUAGGAUGAUAUAAUACUGUUUAAGUUUAUGAAAUAGCAUACAGUUACAGGCAGAUAAUACAAACACAAAAAACACGUACACGAAUUGUUACCAUGAUAGAUCUGUAGACAGUAUUUGAGCUCUGCUUGUCGAGAUCACGAUCCAAGAAUGCAAUUUUAUACAUCGAACGAUUUAAUUUUUGCCUAAACGGUAACUUUAAUGAAACGUAAAUCGUAAGAAAAAUGAAGUUCUUAGCUGUUGCAUCGAUGAGUUUUAGUCGUACACAGUAAUACAGUAUCCAUCCAAAAGCAGCCAGCCAGAAAGAAGUUAAGGACAAUAUACGGAGUAAAAGUAGCGCGAGUUUGAGUGUGAAUGAAACAUCGACUUAAAUCUAUCACGAAUCAACGUACAAUAUCAAUUUUGUUUAACGGUAGAGAAAACACGAUUCAUUGUGGAAAGAAACUUAUCGCGAGCACAACGAUUACAAAGUAUUGACAAUUUUAUUUAAAACGGUGCGAGAGAUACGUGACGAGGAAAUUGAUAUAGGCGCCGAACAGAUAGGAACAGAAACGACGAAUCUGCCGUUUAUAGGAUUUAACGAGCAUUUGUUACAACUAAUCACAGACUUUAUUCUUAAGAGCGUAAUAUGAAACCGUCAUUUCAAUUGUACCACUCAUUCACAUACACACCAUGUAUUAACAUGUAUUUUUUUAUAAAUCGGAUAAAAAAUAAAUCCAAGCUUUUAAGAGA